UUGCAGGGGCGACCCCUGUGCCUGUACUACUUCACGCACCCGUUUGGCGUGCUGUCACCGGAGCCGCCCCGAGUGACGGCCUUUGUCCCGGAAGACGCGGGCGCGCCCGGCGGUGUGGACGUGGUGAGCGUGCCCGGCGGUGUGGACGUGGUGAGCGUGCCCGGCGGUGUGGACGUGGUGAGCGUGCCCGGCGGCUGCACGUUGCAGCUCGGCGAGCUGUCUGCGUGCUCGUGGUUCUCGGCGAUGCUGUCGAGAGACAUGUGGGGUGAUGUGGGCCGGACGGCGGGCGGGCGUCUGCUGCCGCCGCUUCGGUUUGCGCGCGCACCUCCAGCACCGGGUGAGCAUGAGCUUUAUAAUCUAUAG